CCGUUGAUUCACAUCCGGGUGAUGUUUACCGCAAAAGGGAAGAGCAUCCCGGUUCUGCUAACGAACCGCCGCUAGAUGUACCUCCACCACCCAUCCGACCGAACCAAUACAUCGCCGAUCCUGCUGAUAUAUCCACCCGUUAUCGAUCACCUGAAAUCUGGAGGCGCUACGUCAGAUUCGCGGGGAGCGACGCAUUGCUAACGAGCUGCUAACGAGCUAACGUUCAUGUCGGGCGGACUUCCUCCGAGCUCGGAAAUUUCUACGACGAGCUGGCGCCUCUUCAUCCCAUCCUGCCCAACAUCCUGCUCAGGGGCUUCACGCACUCAGUCAUCGUAGCUCUGUCAGUCUGCACCACAGCGGCGUCAGACCGGCCUGCCGGCUUCCACCAGAGGGCGCGAGCAGCCGACGCCGAUGGUAAGCACCGCGCGGGGAUCUGCUUAGAGCCGCACGUCCUGGAGAGCAGCUGCGCCGCCUUCCAGUAUCGAGCCCAGAAGCCGUCAGAGGGAGGCGACUGUCCCCGGCGCGGAGCCGCAGAGCUAGCGAUGCCCGGAUCCACGCCGGCCAGCAGCAAGGCUCGGGUGUACACCGAUGUCAACACACAGAAGAACAGAGAGUACUGGGACUAUGACGCACAUGUGCCAAACUGGAGCAAUCAAGACAACUAUCAGCUGGUGCGUAAGUUGGGUCGAGGGAAGUACAGCGAAGUAUUCGAGGCCAUAAACGUGACCAACAAUGAGAAAGUGGUGGUGAAAAUCCUCAAGCCCGUCAAGAAGAAGAAGAUCAAACGCGAAAUCAAAAUUCUUGAAAACCUGCGCGGGGGAACCAACAUCAUCCGCCUGGUGGACACGGUGAAAGACCCGGUGUCGAGGACACCAGCGCUGGUCUUUGAGUGCAUCAAUAACACAGAUUUUAAGGAGCUUUACCAGAAGCUGACAGACUACGACAUCCGUUACUACAUGUAUGAGCUGCUCAAGGCUCUGGACUACUGUCACAGUAUGGGCAUCAUGCACCGGGACGUGAAGCCCCACAACGUGAUGAUUGACCACCAGAUGAGAAAGCUGCGUCUCAUCGAUUGGGGUUUGGCAGAGUUCUACCAUCCCGCUCAGGAAUACAACGUCCGGGUGGCCUCCCGCUAUUUCAAAGGCCCUGAGCUGCUAGUGGACUAUCAGAUGUAUGACUAUAGUUUGGACAUGUGGAGUCUAGGCUGCAUGUUGGCCAGCAUGAUCUUUCUGAAGGAGCCGUUUUUUCACGGCCAGGACAACUACGACCAGCUGGUCCGCAUCGCUAAAGUUCUGGGCACAGACGAGCUCUUCGGUUACCUGCACAAAUACCACAUAGAACUGGACACUCGCUUCAAAGACCUGCUGGGACAGCAGACGAGGAAGCGCUGGGAGCAGUUCAUCCAGUCCGAGAACCAGCACCUGGUGAGUCCGGAGGCUCUGGACCUUCUGGACAAGCUGCUCCGCUACGACCACCAGCAGAGGCUGACCGCGGCCGAGGCCAUGCAGCACCCGUACUUCUAUCCUGUGGUGAAGGAGCAGGCGAACGCCAACACAGACGGCACAAAGGCCAUAAGCAGCUCCAAUGCGACAUGAUAACCAGAGAGCAGGAAGAAUCUUUGUUACCUCAACUUGUGACCUUUUCGUGGCCGAAACUUCUGCCUCCACAACAACAGCCAUACUGGAUGCAAGAUGUCAAUUUUGCAGAAUACACAAACAAGCACGGAUUAAACUUUUCCCAACAAAGCCCGUGGUGGGGGGGGGGGGGGAGGAGAGGGGGAGAGGGGGGGGGGGCGUCUGAGCUCUUUGGGUCGGAGUCAAUGAUAAAUCCGAUCUGAACCCUCCUCCUCUUCAUCCUCCUCUCCCUCCUCCUCCUCCCCCUGCCCCCCCACCCCCCCCCCCCCCCUCCCGAACCCGUUUUUAAAUGAGCAACGUGACUGUUCAGUAUCAAGCCCGUGUUGUGCUGUAAAGACGUUCGUCCGUCAUUACGAUGCUGUGGUGACCUGAGAUCCAGUUUUAGCACUGAGUGGCAUGGAGGCUCUUUUCUGCUGCGGAUAGAACAAAAGCUAUAUUGAAAGAGAAUAAACCGUUUUUUAUUUAAAGACGAGCGUGUUGGACUUUUGAUUGAGUCAAAAGACUUUCUUUUUUCCUUUUUUUUUUUUUUUUUUUUUUGGUUAAAUGACGCAGUAGUGGA